AUGGCUGUACCAGAUUAUAAAUUGAGUGCUGUAUUGUGUGGGCACUCGCUCGAUGUUAGAUGUGUUGCAACAACCAAGGAGUUCUGUAUCUUGUCUGCUUCAAGAGACAGGACGGCAAAACUUUGGCAUCCUGAGGGAGUAAAAGACUAUGUGAACGUAGUUACGUAUAAAGGACAUAGAAAUUUCGUGUCAUGUAUUUGCUGGUUACCUCCGUGUGAAGCUUUUUCUGACGGGCUUGUUGUGACUGGGGGUAAUGAUAACAUAAUACUAGGAUAUAAUCUACAAGAUGGCACUAUUCAAGUGACUUUAGAAGGCCAUGAGAACACUGUUUGCUGUGUGCAAUCUGGUAGAGAUUCUGGUGUUUUAUUGAGUUCAAGUUGGGACAACACAGCCAAAGUAUGGAACCUUAAUAUGCAGAGAUCAACCCCUAAAACUCUUAAAGGGCAUCAAGCAGCUGUUUGGUCUGUCAUAGAACUCUGUGAUGGUACUUAUGCAACUGCUUCUGCAGAUAAAACUAUCAAAUUGUGGAAGAAAGAAGAUGGAUCCCUUAUUAGUACACUUACUGGGCACACAGAUUGUGUUAGGGGUAUAGUAGUGGCCGGUCUAGAAACAUUCCUCAGCUGCUCCAAUGAUGCUUCUAUUAAGCUAUGGACUAACAAAGGACAAUGUCUAAAUACGUUUUAUGGACAUUCAAAUUAUAUUUAUAGUAUUAGUUUAAACCCAGGUGUAGAACAAGGUUUUGCCACAUGCGGCGAGGAUGGCAGUGUACGUCUGUGGGCGGGCGGUGAUUGCGUACGUGACAUUCGACUUCCUGUACAGUCGGUGUGGAGCGUCACAUGUUUGGAGAAUGGAGAUAUUGUCACUGGUUCGAGCGAUGGAUUAGUGCGCGUAUUCACAAAGGACCCUGCGAGAUUUGCAGACGAGCCAACAUUGAAAGCAUUUGAAGAAGAAGUACAGAAAAUGCAAGCUGCUCAACAGCAAGAAAUUGGAGGAUUCAAAUUAUCAGAAUUACCUGGUCCCGAAGUACUGCUUGAGCCAGGCAAAACCGAUGGUCAGACAAAACUAGUUCGUCGUGGAACGAACGUGAAAUGUUAUUCUUGGAGUGCAGCAGAGAGCACAUGGAAUGAGAUUGGUGACGUUAUGGGAGCCAACCCUCCUGGCGAAGGAAAGACUAUGUAUCAAGGGAAGGAAUACGACUUCGUGUUCAGCGUAGAUAUAAAAGAUGGUGCACCACCCAUAAAGUUACCGUUCAAUAAAACUGAAGACCCUUGGGUGGCGGCUCAAGCUUUCAUACAUAAAAAUGAUCUUCCGCAAGUAUAUUUAGAGCAAGUAGCAAACUUUAUCAUCACUAAUGCUAAAUUGGAUUCACAACCAGCGUCUAGCAAUGGGUUCGCGGACCCGUUCACGGGCGAGUGUCGGUACGUGCCCGGCUCGGGCUCCGUUCCCGGCCUGCCGCCGCCCUCCGCAGCGGACCCCUUCACCGGUGGGGGCGCCUACAUGACGUCCGCUGCGGCUGUUCCUGACGGAAACAAGUUCAUACCACAUGAUUCUUAUAUCCGUUUCGAUCAAGCUAAUCUAAGAGCAAUCCACGACAAACUAAAGGAGUUCAACAGCAAAGCUGGUGAUGGGCUGCGCGCCAUGACGGAAGAAGAAUUAGAAGCUGUUGUUAAACUAUGUGAACUGAAUAAUACCUUCAAUAAUGAAACUAUAAGUUUCUUGAAGAAAAUGUUACAAUGGCCAAAAGAAAUCCUGUUUCCUGUAUUAGACGUGACUAGGCUAGCUGUUAGAAAUAAGGAGAUUAAUGGUUUGAUGUUCGAUACGGCGUACGGACCCACGUUUAUCAAGUUUCUGUUGUCCUGUCUUACGCCAGAUAAUCUUCCCGCGAAUCAGAUGCUGGCGAUGCGAGUGUUGGUGAACGCCUUUGCAGACCUCCCCGGGGAGAUGUUGGUACUGGCGGCCAGGGAGAGUGUCAUGCACUCUUUGAUAUGUCUCACACAACUCAAUAACAAUGCACAGGUGGCGGCCACGUCUCUGGCGCUGAACCUGUGCGUGGCGCUGGCGCAGCAGCCCGACAGCGCGGAGCUGGCCGACUGCCUGCUGCAGCUCUUCCCCAAGCUCACCGACACAGAGGCUUACUUCAGAGGUUUGGUCGCCCUCGGGACUCUCCUAGCUGAAUCUCCUAACAAGUUACAAAUACAAAGUAAAAUAGUAUCAAACACUCUUAUCCACAAUAGACUUAAAAAAGAUAGCAUUUUGUCACCAAAAGACGAUGCAAACUUAGCCAAAAUUGUGUCCUGUUGCAAGCAAAUUAUCAGGCUUUUAUGA